AUGUUCACCAUGUGCAGUACCAUCCCACAUGGAGUAUUACUUGUCAAGACUGGCGGGGUAUGGCAAAUUGUGGACGAUUUCCACCACUUUUCCUACCGUAUCAUCAGACUGACAGCUUACGACCAUGGAUGGCAAUACGGUUGCUCUUAUGAGAAGAAGGAGUUCUUUGUCGCUCAUGAACUACAUGCUUUCGAAUGGCCAAGUCUGCCUACUAAUCAUCGUCUACCUGAGAUGUGCAAGUGGAAGCACUUUGAUGCCGCAUCGCAGUCGUUGGCCGAGACUUCCGUACUAGCUGUUAUCGUUGAUGAGCCACUCAUCUCCGUCACCAUGCAGCAAGGACUUGUACCACGGCUGUUCGUGCUUUGUGGCACCGUGGGCGGGUACAUUUCGCUAUCCGGUCUCAUUUUUACAAGCAUUUUCGUGAAGAAGUACCCACGCAGCAAACUCGCUCUCGAAAUUCAGAAGCGAACACUUUUUGGCAGCCAGAAGCCAGGCAGUCCAGAUUCGGAGAGCGACUUGGAGGAUGCAGCGCCGCACUCGUCUGCAAGCUCCACAGUGAGGACUGGCCAACCAGACAGGGAGACGAUAGGAUGCUGGCUAUAG